AUGGAAUUUAUGAAUGGCAGCAGCAAUGAAAAUUGCGCUUGUUACGCUAGUGGCGGUCUUGCAUAUUGCAAAACACAGAAAGUGUCAACUGAAGAUGGCCCACUUCUUGGACAACGUCUGUCACUGUUGGGCAAGUCCCUUGACGUAUUCUAUGGAAUCCCAUAUGCCAAGCCUCCUGUAGGUGAUCUCCGCUUCAAGCACCCCCAACCUUCAGAGUCAUGGGGACCGGAUGUUAGAGAUGCACAGAAACCAACGCCAUCUUGCAUUCAACCUGAAGAUGUAUUCACAUCUCCAGAGGUUUACAGACAGGUCCCGGAUGAUACCAGUGAAGACUGCCUUCAUCUUACAGUGUGGGCGCCAUCAGACAAUGCUGGCAAUCUGGCAGUGAUGGUCUGGAUCUACGGGGGAGGUUUCUAUUUUGGAUCUUCACGAAUGCCACUAUAUGAAGGAAAAUAUCUUGCAGCAGAGAAUGACAUCAUCGUUGUUUCAAUGAAUUACAGACUGGGGCCAUUAGGGUUCAGCUAUCUGGGGCCAGAUACCAUCCCUGGAAACAUGGGCUUGAUGGAUCAACGACUUGCCUUACAGUGGGUGAAAGACAACAUUGCCAACUUUGGUGGAGAUCCAUCUCGGGUGACAAUAUUUGAGAAAGUGCUGGUGGUGUCAGCGUAG